AUGCGUUCGCGUUCGCUGGACGUCGCAGGCUCGACAGGGGCACGGGACGGGCGCACAGCGACCAAUCACCAACGCCGCGCGUUCAUUGGCUCGCGCGGCCGGCUGACGCACGCUGAUGAGCGACCCGUGCCGCUCCCUCCGCCUUCCUCAAGUCUCGACCCUUGCCUCGUCCGCUCGACGAGCAGUGCGUAUGCGACCCGUGCCGAAUCCGCAUGCGACGCGCAGCCGGGCGGCACAGCAGCGCUCGCGGGAGCGAUGGCCCUCGAGAAGGCACCAACGAUGCAUACUGAGCCAAAGAACCUGAUCGAGCUCGAGCAGUUAAUUGGGCAUCCGGGCGCCCUUGAGCUUGGGUACUUAUGCUGUAUCGUGAUGGAUUGCCCUCGCGAGUCAGUUACUGUGAUGUGCGCGAUAUCAGCGCUUCAGCGCCGUGUGAUUGUUGGCAAGCCCAUGAUCCACGAUGUCCAUCGAGGCUGCCGCUCGCACGCACACUACGCUGCAUGGAAAGCACGCCUGCGGGGGAGUGCACGCAGGUACACGCACGCGAUAGUCAUCAUCUGCACUCGUGAUCGUCCUGUCCGGAUCGGCGCACGCCCUCGCACGCUCGCGAUUGGGCAGCGCACCGAUGCAGACUUGAUGCAGUCGCUGGGCGCUGAUGCAGAUGGCGCAGGUGAUGGCGCAGGUGAUGGCAUCACGUCGAGACGGGCUCCAGACUCGGAUGGCCUAGGAGGGCCCGCUCGCGAGCAGUUCGCGAGCCUCGCGCGCCCAGGUCCCUCGGUGGGUCCCUCUGCGGGGGGCUCGACCGCGCAGCGUCGUCGUCGUGCAAACUUAACUCAAUAG